UGAAGGGAGGGGGCAUACCUGAGAUCAGCAUAGACGUCAACAUCUCCUCCACUACUGUUCCCCCCAACCUGACAGUGCCACGGGGUAAGAGCCCCCUGGUGGUUCGGGAGGGUGACACGGUGGAGCUCGAGUGUCUGGUUUCAGGGAAGCCCAAGCCCAUUAUCCUGUGGUCUCGGGCCGAUAAAGAGGUGCCCAUGCCGGAUGGGAGCCUGCAGGCUGAGAGCUACGACGGGGUGCUGCGGAUCGUCAACGUGUCCAGAGAGAUGACCGGCUCCUACCGCUGCCAGACCAGCCAGUUCAACGGGUUUAAUGUGAAGCCCAGGGAAGCUGUGGUGGAGCUCAUCGUACAAUACCCUCCGUCGGUGGAGCCUGUGUUGUUAGAGAUGCGUCAGGGCCUGGGCCGGCCGGUGGCAAUGAACUGCCGGGUCYUGCGUGCCCACCCUUCCCGGGUGCUGCGCUACGAGUGGCGGCUGGGGAACCGCCUGCUCCACGCUGGACAUUUCGACCAGAGCGACGAGACAGAGUACACCGUCAAAAGCCUCAACCGCGAGGGCUGGGGGGAGUACACCUGUGAUGUCAACAACGAGGCCGGCGCUGGGCGCUGCACCUUCCUGGUCACAGGGAAGGCGUAUCCCCCAGAGUUCUACUACGACACGUACAGUCCUCUGUGGCAGAACCGACCUACAGUCUACGGCUUCAAACUGCAGUGGACCCAGAUGAAUCCCAACGCCGUGGACCGCAUUGUGGCCUACCGCCUCGGCAUACGACAGACAGACGGACAGACAGGCGGACGGGUAGAACAGGCCGGUUGGGCCGAGGAAAGAGAGUGUGAGGCCCUAGUUGAAAGGAAGGAGCGGAAGGCGUAUCCCCCAGAGUUCUACUACGACACGUACAGUCCUCUGUGGCAGAACCGACCUACAGUCUACGGCUUCAAACUGCAGUGGACCCAGAUGAAUCCCAACGCCGUGGACCGCAUUGUGGCCUACCGCCUCGGCAUACGACAGACGGGGCUCCAGAGGUGGUGGGAGCAGGAGAUCCCCGUGGAUGGAACCAUCACCAAGGGAGAGCUGAACACACACAACCUGACAGAGCUCAUCAAGCCUGCGGCCUACGAGGUGCGCCUCACCCCCAUCACACGCUUCGGAGAGGGGGACUCCACCAUCAGGAUCAUCACCUACAGUGGAGAGUUCCACUGCAGCUUCGAAGAGGAGCCCAUCUGCAUGUUCACGCAGGACAAGAACGACGACUUUGAUUGGACGAGACACAGUGCAGCCACCCGUGACACCAAGUACACGCCCAACACCGGGCCUAGCGACGACCGCAGCGGAUCCAAACAGGGUUUCUACAUGUACAUCGAGACGUCCCGGCCUCGGAAGGAGGGUGAGGUGGCGAGGCUGGUCAGUCCCUUCUUCAACGUGGUGCCCAAGAACCCGUAUGGCAUCGCCAACCCCCCAGCAUACUGCUUCAGUUUCUUCUUCCACAUGUACGGCAAACACAUUGGGACCCUAAACGCUUUCCUGAGACAGAAGGGUCAGACAGCGGCCGAGGGGCCCGCGUGGUCGCUGAGCGGUAACCAAGGCGACCGCUGGAAACAGGCCAAAGUCAGCAUCCACCCAACCGCCUCUUUCCAGGUGGUGCUGGAGGGUAUCCGAGGUCCGGGCAUCGAGGGGGACAUCGCAAUCGAUGACGUCACCCUUGAGGAGGGAGAGUGUCGAGAUCUACCCCCCAUUAAUCUCAGAUCCUCAGCCCCGCCCACGUCCACCCAUAUAUGGCCGCUGAGUGUCACCUUGGCGAUGACCUUCCUGUGGGGUCGAAGGUGACCCUGCCCUGCGUCGUAUGGCGGAGGCGAACGGUCYGACCCGGCCUCGGCACCGACCUCGACCCUGGCGUCUGUGUUCUUGUACCCUCAGCAUCCAAUCACCAAAGAUUCAAGUAUUUAGAAGGCGGCAGCGAGGUGUUCCAAACACAGACCACCACCGAGGGCCCAAAAAAUACCACAUAAAUAGUAAUAAAAGAAGAUUCACAAUUUUUUUUUUAAGAGACAACUUUUCCAGAAAAUUGCUCCCCAAUCGCAGGAUUGUGAGCACAUUUACGAGCGCAAAGCCAGGUGUUGUGACGCCUGGACUUUAGUGGGAGUGUUCACUAUCGCAUUGGGGUAACUAUUUGUAAAGCACAAGGACAAUUUUGCCAGUCAAUUAGGAAACUUGAAUUGAAAGGUGUGGAGGAAUUGAGAAAUUGUUGAACAUUUUGAGGAACAAAAUAACUUUUCCUGGGCUUAACAAAACACAUGGAAUCAAAGAUUUUCUGUGUUUUAUCUUAUCCUCAUUAAGUUGCACCUGAUGCGCAUCAUGGACACUUUUCUCUCUGCCCAGUCACCCUCACCUGACCUCCACACCUUGACAUGUCUCUCUCUCGGCUUGGUGCUGUACUGUAGAAAACAGAAACUCUGACAAUGUUUAGUUAUCCAUCCCAGUUCCCUCUCCCCUCUUGCCCAGUAGCUGCCUAAGUAUUUCACAACACUGUGCUCACUAGUCCAAGGUAUCUGAGACCAGGAAUGCAUGCCCAAGGUAUGUGGAGCAGAGAGGAGGAGAUGGGUAGGUGAGAGAGUUGAAGAAGGUUAGGGCAGAGAGGUGGCGAGGGGUAGAGGAUAGAG